AAUCCUGAACCUUUAAAGACCAGAAAUUUUAUUCUUAGUUGUCCGAAGUCCAAACUUUUAUUUUCUCCCUUUCUUCGCUGUUUCAACUCUCAACAAUUUUACUAAUUUUUUUGGAAAUCUUGUAUGGAGCUCUCACACUCUCAUUGUUCUUCCCUUGGAAUUUCAGCUGUAAAUCCUCAUUGCAAAGCCGCAUCUUGUCCUCCAAAGGCGAUACCCAGUAAGCUCAAUGCCAAGCGUUUGAAAAUUUUCAAAUAUGGGGUCUCAGUUGGGCUUUUCAAUCGUUCAAGUUGCUCAAAACAUGUUCCAGCUGGGAGGUACAAGCGUAAUUCAAGCUGGGCUUGCAGUCAAGUUGGUGCUGCUGGGUCUGAUCCAAUGCUUAACAAAGUAUCAACUUUCAGAGAUGUGUGCUGGAGGUUCUUAAGGCCCCAUACAAUACGUGGAACGGCUCUAGGAUCAGCUGCUUUGGUCGGAAGAGCAUUAAUUGAGAACUCAAAUUUGAUAAAGUGGUCUCUUCUGCUGAAGGCAUUCUCCGGUCUUAUAGCUCUAAUAUGUGGAAAUGGCUAUAUAGUUGGCAUCAAUCAGAUCUACGAUAUUGGAAUUGACAAGGUAAAUAAACCCUACUUACCCGUAGCUGCAGGGGAUCUCUCAGUUCAGUCAGCAUGGUUCUUGGUGAUAUUUUUUGCAGUGACAGGCCUUCUGAUUGUUGGAUACAACUUUGGCACAUUUAUCACAUCUCUUUAUUCUCUUGGUCUUUUCCUGGGCACCAUUUAUUCUGUUCCCCCAUUUAGAAUGAAGAGAUUUCCGGUUGCAGCGUUUCUCAUAAUUGCCACGGUGCGUGGCUUCCUUCUGAACUUUGGGGUUUAUCAUGCCACAAGAGCUGCUCUUGGACUUUCGUUUCAGUGGAGUGCACCUGUGGCAUUUAUCACAACUUUCGUGACAUUGUUUGCACUGGUUAUUGCCAUAACCAAGGAUCUUCCAGAUGUAGAAGGAGAUCGCAAAUUUCAAAUAUCAACAUUAGCAACAAAGCUUGGAGUUAGAAAUAUUGCACUUCUUGGUACCGGACUUCUACUGGUGAAUUAUGUUGCUGCUGUGUUGGCUGCAAUAUACAUUCCUCAGGCUUUCAGGUGUAGUUUAAUGAUACCUGCUCAUAUCUUCUUGGGAGUAUGCUUGGUUUUCCAGGCAUGGGGGUUGGAACAAGCAAAUUACACUAAGGAAGCAAUCUCAGGGUUCUAUCGCUUCAUAUGGAAUCUUUUCUACGCGGAGUAUGCGAUCUUCCCUUUCGUGUAGAACCCUGAUCUUUACUCUCCAUACUUUUGUUUAUCGUAUUUUCAUUUUCAAGGAGGGGGAGAAUGUAAAUAUCUUCAUGACUGCCAUCCAUUGCCUCUUUUGACAACACUA